AUUGAAUCUGCGGAGAAGAGGCGGGCCAGGGGGAAGGAAGUGACUCGUAUAGGCCUGUCUGUGAGACCUAAUGGCGGUUGCGGGCUGGUGCAGGAACUAAACUCUGCGACGUCUUCCUGGAGCAAUUAUGUUAUCUUUUCAAGAGGCUUCAUCUUCAAACAGUACCCUCCAGACUUCAAAUUUUGCACAUGUUAUCUUUCAAAAUGUAGCAAAAAGUUACCUUCCUAAUGUGUACCUUGAAUGUCAUUACACUCUGACACCCUAUAUACGUCCUCACCAAAAAGAUUGGGUUGGUAUUUUCAAGGUUGGCUGGAGUACUGCACGAGAUUAUUACACAUUUCUUUGGUCACCUAUGCCUGAAAAUUAUGUGGAAGGUUCAACAGUUAAUUGUGUAUUAUCUUUCCAAGGGUACUACCUCCCAAAUGAUGAUGGAGAAUUUUACCAGUUCUGUUAUGUGACACAUAAGGGAGAAAUACGUGGUGCGAGCACCCCUUUCCAAUUUCGAACAUCGUCACCAGUUGAAGAAUUGUUAACAAUGGAAGAUGAAGGAAAUUCCGAUAUGUUGGUAGUGACUACAAAAGCUGGACUUCUUGAGUUCAAAAUUGAAAAAAUUCUGAAAGAAAAAGAAGAACUACUAAAAGUAACUGCAUCACUUGAAAAAGAAACUCUGCAACUCAGAGAUCAAGUUGAAAGACUAGAAAAAGAACUUGUGUAUGAGAAAGAAAGAUGUGAUAAACUGGAAGCAGAACAAAAGGGUAGUUUUAAAGUUGCAGAAACCCUUAAAGCUGAAAAUGAAAAACUCAAGAAAAAAUAUGAAGAAGCUACUUCCAAAGUUAUUCAGCUUGAAGAAGACAUCAUGAUUGUUACUCAGAAAGCUAUUACAAAGGAAACAGAAUUAGAUAGUUUGAAAGAUAAACUCAAGAAAGUAGUCUUGGAAAAGGAACAGUUUGAAUGCCAGUUAAAAACAGAAAAGGAUGAAAAGGAACUUUACAAGAUACACUUGAAGAAUACAGAAGUUGAAAACGCUAAAUUAACAUCUGAAAUCCAGACACUUAAGAAUUUGGAUGGAAACAAAGAAAACCUUAUAGCUUAUUAUAAAGAAGAGAUUGGCAGAUUACAACUGUGUGUGACUGAAAAAGAAAAACUGAAGAAAGCUUUCCUGCUUACUUCAUCAAAUAAGGAAGAGUCAAGUGUUUUAAAAGAGCAGCUUCGGAAAGCUGAGGAUCAAAUUCAGGCAAGCAGGCAGGAAGUUCUUUUCAUGUCAAAAGAACUAAGUGAUGCAGUAAAUGUGCGUGAUAAAACAAUGGCAGAUCUUCAUAGUGCUCGACUUGAAAAUGAAAAAUUGAAGAAACAAUUGAGUGAUGCAGUAGCUGAACUUAAAAAAACCUCUCCUGCGAACAAUGAACAGGGAACAUCAAAUGUUGCAGAGAGAGAACUACGCAGAGAAGUUGAAGAUUUAAAGCUCCGCCUACAGAUGGCUGCUGAUCAUUACAAGGAAAAGUUUAAAGAAUGCCAGAAGCUGCAAAAACAAGUCAAUAAAUUUAUCAACCAGAAUGAUGAGAAAUUGAAAUCUACGAUGUAUGCUGAUGAACUGGCUAAAUUGGAACUGAAAUGGAAGGAGCAAGUGAAAAUUAGUGAGAGUGUGAAGCAACAAUUAGCUGUGGUGAAAGACCAGUAUCUAAUGCAGUUGGCUGAAAAAGACAGACAGAUAGAUGAAUUGACAUCUCAUCUGGGAGCCCUCAGCAAUGAGAAGAAACCUGGAAGGAGACCAGAAAAUCAAACAGAAAGGAUCAAGGAAGGACAGAUUUCUCAGCAGGCACUACAUUUUCUCAAUCCAGAUCUUAAUUCUGAAGAUAAUGGGCAGAUUCCUGCUAUAUUACCUAGUGUACCACUUCUGCACUAUGGAAAUCCCUACACAAGCCAGGAAACUAGAGAUGGAGCAGAUGAUGCUUUUUAUCCUGAUGAUAUCCAAAGGCCACCCAUGAGAACAGCAUCUUGGGACCUUGAAGAUAAUGUGGUAUGCAGUCAGCCUGCUCGUAAUUUCAGUCGCCCUGAGGGUUUAGAAGAUCUUGAGGAUAAUAAUGUUGAUGAAGCGAGUGCACCUUCAGCUCCAGAUCCAUCAGAUCUGCACUCACAUGAACGUGGGACAGGCUUUUGUUUUGAUUCCAGUUUUGUGCACAUCAAGAAAUGUCCACUCUGUGAAGUGAUGUUUCCUCCUAACUAUGAUCAAAGCAAGUUUGAAGAACAUGUUGAAAGUCACUGGAAGGUGUGUCCAAUGUGCCGUGAACAGUUUCCUCCUGAUUAUGACCAGCAAACCUUUGAAAACCAUGUUCAAACACACUUUGAUCAUGUUUUAAAUUUUGAUUAGGUUGGGGUAUCAUUAUGCAUUAUAACAGGUAAAGGUUGUUAUCUCAGACAAGGAAUGCUUCAUGAAUGAUGUAAGCUUAGAAAAUUAGUGACCAGCAUUGCAGUUGAUUAGAAUAAAUCUUUGGCCUUUUCCUCAAUCUAGCAUAUAGCCAAAUACGUUGUAUCUGUCAAUAUUUAUUCCUUGGCUAACAAUUCAUAAACACAUAGAAAAUUUGCAGACUUGUCUCCAGAGUUCAAUUUGUGGCGGGAUGACAGUUUUCCUUUUGCUUGUUCUAACAUAUUAAAGUUUAUUUCUCAAUAAAAUGAUGUUUUUUAAUAAUUUUAGGUAUAUCUUUCUGCAACAUGGGUUUUUCAUCUGUUGCAAAAAUAUAGUUGUGUUGUGAUUAAAUGUUUUGCAUAAAAGCCUUACAAUAAUAUUCACCUUUAUCAUUAUUAUCCCAAUUCUAAAAUGUCCACUAUACUACUAAAACUAUGAAAAUUACUGCAUUUAGAGCUAUUAAUAAAUGUGUAAUAAAAGUAUGACCUUUUUGUUACUUAGUAAAUUUUCAGUGUUUAAAAUCCUUCAAUAGACAUUCAAAGCUGUGGUCAUACAAUCAAUAUUUUUAGUAUUUUAUGUUUAGCACAUUUCCCCCUUAAAUUUGUUGAAUGUUUGUAUAUAUCUAAACCACUAUAUUUUUGAGAGUUGCAAAAAUCUUAAAUAAUUCGAUCUUUUUGGAUAAAAACAUUAACUUUUCAUGUUUUAUGAUAGCAAAUUAAAGGAAAAAGUAAACAGUAUGUGAUUUCAUUUAAUCUCCUUAUAUUUUUCAAACCUGUAUUAAAUUUUGUUUGAGUCUUCUAGGAAAUGUUUUGUAAACUAUUGCAGAUGAAAAAAUUGCCACAAUCACUCUUUAAUAGAAUAAAAUUAUCUUUCACUUAAUCAUA